AAUGCCUGCUUGGUACAUUAUUUCCCUGUGUCAUGCUCUUUGUCAAUAUGACAGAGGAGUAUUCCUGCAGAAAGCCAAGCUGCCCCGGAGAGUUAAGGGUGCUACCCCUGGGGUUCAGAGCUGGGCAUCGUGAAUUCUCUUCAAGUUUUCAAAGUCCUGGAAAGUUUUGAUAAGCAAAUACUUUCUGGGCUCUGCUUCUCGAUUGGCUGUUUCUUCACCACCAGAUUUUGACACAAAUAAUCUGAUUGAAAAAUCAGGGAGGGGAACAGGGGCAAAAAAACAGAGAGAGAAAAAAGGAGAAGUAUCUAUUUCAGCAGACAGCGACUAAGUGAAAAAGUGGAAGAAGGAGUCCAGAGAGAAGACGACGUCUCACUGGGGGCUUGUCUGGGGAGAUUUCAAGGCGAAUCCUGUAAAGCAAAGUCCCCCAAACAGGCAGUGAAUGGAAAAUGCCACGUUCCUUUUUGGUGAAGAGCAAAAAGGCUCACACCUAUCAUCAACACCGCUUUGUGGAAGAUGACCCGCCUCCACUCACAUGGGAUCCAGUACCCUCUCCCUUCACUGCCAUAGGAGACAAGACACCAGAGGACAUCAAGAGACAGGACCUACAAUGCCUGGUUCCAAAACAAGAAAAGGACCCUUCCGAACUGAAAGAAGAAAGCGUCCCUGCCCAAUAUCUGAGCAGGAUGCUGCCAGGCCCUUCAGUUACAGAGAUGGCCAUCCCAGGGCUGCAGAUCAAAGACUGCACUAAUCCAACAAGCACUCCCACCUUCUAUAAAACCAGCUUUUCUUGGGAUGCCUUCCAUUCGCCAUACAGCUACCGACAGAUGUCUUCCACCAUGCAGUCAGCCCUCUUGGAGCGCCCCGUUAGCCUGUACGGAAGCCACCUCCUCCCAAGCGCCGAGCCUCCUUUGGAUUACAGCAUGCACUACUCCUCGGACAUGGAGACCUACCACUGCGUGAAGUGCAACAAGGUAUUUUCCACGCCCCAUGGACUGGAGGUCCAUGUCCGAAGGUCUCACAGUGGGACCCGGCCCUUCGCUUGUGAAGUAUGUGGCAAAACCUUUGGACACGCUGUAAGCCUGGAGCAGCACACCAACAUUCACUCCCAGGAGAGAAGCUUUGAGUGCAAGAUGUGUGGGAAGACAUUCAAACGUUCCUCUACCCUGUCCACUCACCUUCUGAUCCAUUCAGACACACGACCCUAUCCCUGCCAGUACUGUGGCAAGCGCUUCCACCAGAAGUCAGAUAUGAAGAAACACACUUACAUCCACACUGGAGAGAAGCCCCACAAAUGCCAGGUAUGCGGCAAAGCCUUCAGCCAGAGCUCCAACCUCAUCACCCACAGCCGCAAGCACACUGGCUUCAAGCCCUUCAGCUGCGAGCUCUGCGCCAAGGGCUUCCAGCGCAAGGUGGAUUUACGGAGGCACCGAGAGACCCAACACAAUCUCAAAUGAGGGACUUCCCCAGGUCUUUGCUGGAGCUCCCAUUGCCAGUGCAUGCUCCAGGGAAGCAGACUCUCCAUCUGCCAUGGGGCUGCCCAACUUGCUAACAUCAUAUUGCUGCAUUCCCCUGGGGACUGGCAAAGCCACAUCACUGGCUUUGGUGUUCAGGCACCGACCCAGGGCCUUGCACAUCCCAGUAUGUGGCAAUGCAACUAGGGGCAGCUCUCACUUUUUAAUUGCAGCAGGUACUGGGCCAGUUCUAACAUCACCUGCUCAAGUGCAAAUCCAGAGGAAUUGCUCCAAGGUCACUAUUACUCUGGAUUUACACCAUGUGCAGAGCUCAGUUCAUCAGAUUGACCAGCAGUGAGGUGGGAACUCCUGGACUCAUGGCACCAACACUCUGUGCCAAGCUGGUGCCUUAACCAUGUUCUGCUUUGAUGGUUAGGAAGAUAAGGCCAGGGCAUGCAAAUAGAUUGCGUUCAGUGAGCUGCGUUCAGCCUGGAGACGGCUUUUGCAGAGACUUGCCCAGGUCAUAAAUUCUGGCAACAAACACCUAAAGUCAUUUUCUUUCAACGGAACAUGUACUGUGAUCAGGUGACAAAUUAACUGUGUUGUAUUUUUAGCUUGGAGUGGGAGGAAAAUACUGAAAAAAACCCAGCUCCUUAGAUGCUCCCCUAGCUGAUAACAGGGGUCUCUGAAUGCAAUCCUCGUUCACAUAGUACUGCAGAGAUCUCUGGUUAGUGGCAACCAAGUGAGCUCCAGAAAGAGCCAAGCCACAAGGCAUAGGCGACUAAGUUCUGUGUCUCAGUACCAUGCGGGUGAGACUGGCUGCUCUGGGAACCCAGCGGUAUGUCCCAUGAUAUUUCACUGCCUGCUGGACAUACCGGCUUAGAUCUGUCUCGGGGAAGUGUGUGUCACUGCAUGGCUUUGGAUAUUGAUGUCUAGGGCCAGAGAGUUAUGCUUUCCUGUCGCUCUCUUAAAGGAGGAAGCGAUCUAGCCUGUACACACUGGCAUGAUAUGCGAAUACCUUACAAGUAUUAGACAAACAGAGCAGUGGUAUUUCCGCCUUCUUCCAGGUCUAGAGGCUGAAGUAGAGGGCUGGAACAAAUAAAGAGCUAGUUUCUCUCUCAGCUCUGCUAUGUUCUUACUAUACAGCCUCUGGCAAGUCACUGUACUCCUCCAGGCUUUUAUUUCUCCACCACACCUGGUGAUGUAGAGUUACUCAUUCAGGUUUGUAGAGUCCCUUGAAAUCUUCGGAGGAAGGUCAAAGUGUUAUUAUAGCAUUAAAAAGACAAGCGCUUUCAGGUAAGUAGGGCGUUGUAGCACCGGGCAGACUGUUCCAUAACUACACCCCUGAACACACAGCAUCAGACUGACACCAGCAGGAACUGCCCUGGAGAACAGGCGGCGGCACUAGUCAUUUCACUCCAAAUGCUCAAGAAGGAAGGCUGCCAUCACACGCAAGAGAGAAACGGUACAAGUAGAGAAUUCAUUUACUGCCAGGAGAAAAGAGGUCUGAUCCUGUCCUCAGUUACACUGCUGUAAAUCCAAAGCCAUUCUCCUGACUGCAGAUUGAGACCUAAAAUGUAUUUGUCCCUGUUUUUAUCCUGUACCUAAGCUGUUAGUCAUUAAUAUGCAUUCUGGAAACUCAAAACAGCAUCUGUACUCCUGGCUUUUCCUUGUACACUGUAAAUAUGUAUUUAUACUUAUUUUAAUGUAUAUUUUUAUUGCAAUAUACCAGACAGUGGCAACA